AUGCCGGCACACAUCUACCACGCCCACGAUAUGCCGAGGUCACCCGCGUCGUUGCACGAAAAGCUCUCGGUUGAAGUUGAGAAGCUGCACGCCCUGCACGAUCACGAACAGCACUAUGUAGUGCCCGACCCGGACUAUGAUGAUUGGGACGACCCGAACAUAGACUCAGAUGUGGUAUCGCUUGACGACGAUUCACCAUAUCCAGAGGUACGCUCUGCUGUCGCGAACACGGACGACCCGGACAUGCCCGUCUCCACGCUGCGCGCUUGGGUCAUUGGUCUGGUGUGGGCGAUAAUCCUGCCGGGUAUCAACCAGUUCCUCUUCUUCCGAUAUCCGUCGAUUGUAGUCACUGGAAUCACCGCGCAGCUGCUCUCAUACCCACUGGGUAGAUUAUGGGCCUACAUCGUUCCCGGAUACCGGAUAUUUGGUGUCUCAUUGAACCCCGGGCCAUUUUCGAUGAAAGAACACGUCUUGAUUACGAUAAUGGCCAACGUCGGUUACGUUUCUGCAUACGCGACAGAUAUCGUCGCGGUGCAGCGUGUAUUCUAUGGCGAGGUGUACAGCUUCGGAUAUCAGUGGAUGCUCGUCACUUCCACGCAACUUAUCGGCUUCUCCAUCGGAGGCGUCGCCCGACGGUUCCUCGUCGCGCCCCCGUCCAUGAUCUGGCCAGCGAACCUCGUCACAUGCGCGCUCUUCAACACCCUCCACUCCCAGCAGUACGCCGGUAUUGGGAGCCGUGGCGGCAUCACGCGCGAGUGGUUCUUCCUUUACUCGUUCGCCGCCUCUUUCCUCUGGUACUUUUUUCCGGGGUACCUCUUCCAAGCGCUCAGCUACUUCAACUGGGUAUGCUGGAUCGCGCCCAAGAACGUCGUCGUCAACCAGCUGUUCGGAUACUACACCGGCCUCGGAAUGUCCGCCGUUACCCUGGACUGGUCGCAAAUCGCGUACAUCGGCUCGCCGCUCGCGACACCGUGGUGGGCGUCCGCGAACGUCGCCGUCGGCUUCGUUCUCUUCUUCUGGCUGCUCUGUCCGAUCCUGUACUACACCAACACGUGGUACGCGGCGUUUAUCCCGAUGUCGACACGCUCGAGCUACGACAACACGGGCGGGACGUAUGACGUUACCCGGAUCCUCACCCCCGAUCACACCCUCGACAUAGACAAGUACAAAGCGUACUCGCCCCUCUUCCUCUCCAUGACGUUCGCGAUGUCUUACGGGCUCUCGUUCGCUGCCAUCGCCGCGACCAUCGUCCACACCAUCGUCUACUUCCGCAAGCAGAUCUGGAUCCAGAGCCGUCGCUCUCUCUCGGAGCAGCCCGACAUUCAUGCCCGGCUCAUGUCACGGUACCCGCAGGUUCCCGACUGGUGGUACUCUGGAAUCUUUGUUUUGAUGUUCAUCUUCGGUGUCAUCGUGAUCGAGGUGCAAGAGACGCAGAUGCCCGUCUGGGCUCUCGUACUAGCGUUGAUGAUCUCGUUUAUUUACACCAUCCCGGUCGGCAUGAUCCAGGCCAUUACGAACCAGCAGAUCGGACUGAACGUGAUCACCGAGCUCAUUGUUGGCUACGCGCUCCCCGGCAAGCCGAUCGCGAUGAUGCUCUUUAAGACAUGGGGCUACAACACCAUGGCCCAGGCGUUGCAGUUCACGUCCGACUUCAAGUUGGGGCACUACAUGAAGAUCCCACCGCGCGCGAUGUUCUUCUCCCAGGUGGUCGCCGCCGUUGUCGCCGGCACCGUGCAGCUCGGCGUCCAGUCCUGGAUGUUCAGCAACAUCCCGGACAUGUGCCAUCCUCGACAGCCGGACGGUUUCAUCUGCCCCUCCACCGAAGUCUUCGGGACCGCUUCGAUCGUCUGGGGUGUGAUCGGACCGCAACGGCAAUUCUCGCCGGGGCAGAUCUACCAUUCGCUCACGUACUUCUUCCUCAUCGGCGCCCUCUGCCCUGUCGCGGCGUACACGGCGAGUUUGUGGUGGCCGCACUCCUUCCUGCGCUAUGUCAACUUCCCCGUCAUCUUCAACGGCACGUCCUACAUUCCGCCCGCGUCCGCGGUGAACUACGUGCCCUGGACGAUCGUCGGCUUCGUCUUCAACUUCUUCAUUCGCCGCCGCCACUUCUCAUGGUGGACCAAGUACAACUACAUCCUCUCCGCCGGGCUCGAUGCUGGCGUCGCGAUCUCCAUACUCGUCGUCUACUUCUGCCUUCAGUACCCCGCGCACGGCACGCUCGGCACGAGCACCAUCGGCUCCUGGUGGGGCAACACCGUCAUGACCAAUACCGCCGACUACGGGCCCGUAGGGAGCGGCGUCCCGCUCACCGCCGUCGCGCCCGGCGCAACCUUCGGGCCCUCGAGCUGGUAG